UAAGAAAAGGAUGGCAUAAAACGGCAUCGUAUUUUGUGUCUCUGGGUUGUGAAAACGAUCACCGUCUUCUUCUCUUACCAUUGCCAUCCUCACCAGAAGGGAAGAAAGUCUCUUCGCUCGUUAGCGUUUGGGCUUAGCUCUCUGCGUUUUCAGUUCUCUCAGAAAAAAAAGCAUUAGCUAAGACCAAUUUCGAUCAGCAUCGUUAAAAUGUCGAUGCUUACUACAGCUGCAAGCUCUGUUAUCAGUGUUCCUCUAUCACCACCACCAGUGGGAUGUGGGGGACGAAGUAAGCUUAUGGAAUCUGGUUUAGGAAGAGCCUGCUUUCGGUUUCAACCAUUGCCAACAAAAUGUUUACAAGCUAAGAGUCUUCAGUUAGGACCAGCUCAGCCUGGAACAAGUAAAUCAGCCAAGCUUUCUACUCGAAGGCAGUCUAGUUCGGUCAUAUGCUCUGCUGCUUCUAGUGCUCGGUGUGCUUCAGAGCAAACUCAGACGGUUACUAGGCAAGCUCCAACAAUGACUCACAUGCCAACAAAGGAGAAGCUACCGGAUCUCGAUGAUGGUGGGACUGGACUUCCACCACGUGAUGAUGGUGAUGGUGGAGGUGGGGGUGGCGGCGGUGGAGGCAACUGGUCUGGUGGAUUCUUCUUCUUCGGUUUUCUUCUUUUCCUCGGAUUCUUGAAGGACAAAGAGAGUGAGGGACCAUACCAAGAAGACAGGAGAAGAUAAGAGAAACUAUUAGUAUUUUUGUGAUAAUUUUAGCUCAAGCUCAAGUGCUACUUCAGCAUCAUUGUUUCUGUACCAGUGAAUAGCUUUCUGGCUUUUUAUUGGUGCAAUUUUUUGGGGGGUCGAUCUUGUUUAGUUAUUAUUCUAUGCAUUUUCAAUCAUAAAGACUUGAACUCUCUUUAUAUAUAUAAAGCUUAGAAUAAUUACUAUAUUUUUAGUACCUCAUUCCAACUAUCAAUAGUUAAAUUCUAUUCUGUUCAA